GUGAAAAAGGUGAAAAAAUCUGUUCUCGUUCGCAUCUUCGCUGUAAUCGCGCAGAAUUUCGACAAGUGUGUGCAAAAUUCGAACCCGUUUUUCUUCCGGUGGUGCGUGUGCGUGGGACCCGAAACAACCAGACCCGAUCCCGAAAUGAUUGGAAACCUUGCGAAGCUGUCGUACGUCCGCGGGGUGUCGCAAGCCGUGGCCAACGGAACCAAGGCAGCCGCUGUUCCGGUGCUCGCAGAGUCCAAGCCGAAAGUUGCAGGUCAGACUCCCGUCGUUUCGUCGGCUGGUGCCAAUGCUAGUCUGCCAGCAUUCGCGGUCCGGGCCGUGUCCGGAAUAGCAGUUAACGGACAGAUCCGCAGCGCUCAUACCGAUAUCACCACCCCGGACUUCUCGGCCUACCGCCGAGAUCAGGUUAAGCGGCCAAAUGCCAAGAACAACUCAGCCGAUGAACGUGCUGCGUUCACCUACCUGAUGGUAGGAGGUUCCUUGGUGACCACGGCCUACGUCGCCAAAUCGUUGGUGUCAACCUUUGUCGGGUCGAUGAGUGCCUCGGCCGAUGUGCUAGCCAUGGCCAAGAUUGAAAUCAAGCUUUCCGACAUCCCGGAGGGCAAAUCGGUCACCUUCAAAUGGCGUGGUAAGCCGUUGUUCAUUCGCCAUCGCACAGCCGCCGAAAUUUCCGCUGAGGAAUCUGUUAACGCCGGAAGCCUACGGGACCCGCAAACCGACUCUGAACGUGUUAAGAAACCGGAAUGGUUGGUUGUCAUCGGUGUCUGCACGCAUCUGGGCUGUGUACCAAUUGCCAACGCUGGAGACUUUGGGGGAUACUACUGUCCGUGCCACGGUUCCCACUACGACGCUUCGGGACGUAUCCGGAAGGGCCCGGCCCCGCUAAACCUGGAGGUUCCGUAUUACGAAUUCCCCGAGGAUAAUCUGGUUGUGGUUGGUUAAGCCGUUUACAAGGUGCUUCAUUUAGUUUUUCCACCCAAUUUAAUAACAAUCCAAAUAGGUACCACAAUAUCUGGGAUGCUAGUUAAAAUUUCGGAAGAUAUCCUUCUACUUGUAAUUAAACAACUCUGUCAUACCUAAAUUGCAACAAUUGGGAGUGUAUCAGCAAUUACUGACUUCAAACAAGGAUAUUGUACCCAAACCAA